CGCUGAAGAUAUUCUUCUUUCACAAAUUUAUUUCCCUCUUCUUGUGAAAUACCUUUGAGUCUUGAAUGGUAGAGAUUUGUUGUUCCUUCAUGCACUUCCUUCCUUUCCUUCCUCAGAGGACUUCUGCGCGUGCCCUUCACGUGCUGUCCUCCUCCUUCUCCUCUUCCUCCACCACCUUUGGUUCCUGCAAACAGGCUUGGUACCAUCGCUGCCUUGGCCUUGACCCCCUAAACACUUAAUCUCUCUCUAUCUCUCUCUAUCUCUCUCUCUCUCUCUCUCUCUCUGAAAGUUCAUUUGUGUUGUGCUGUGUGUCUCUUGUUUGGGUUGAUUUCACUUAGGUGUUUGGAAAAACAGAAAAAAGCAACCAAAAAAAAAAUCAGAAAGAAAGAAUGCUGAAGAGGAGGAAUGUUUUAGAGAGAACUACGUUACAGCAGAAGCAUAAGAAGAUCAACAAUAAUGAAGUUCACAGCGUGAAGAAAAACAGGUUUUUGAUCACAGUGAAUGUUGUUGGAAGCGCAGGGCCAAUAAGGUUUGUGGUGAAUGAAGAUGACCUUGUUGCUGGGGUCAUCGACACUGCUCUCAAGUCCUAUGCUCGUGAAGGCCGCCUACCACUUCUUGGUUCCGAUGUCAAGGAUUUCCUUCUCUACUGCGCUAACGCAGGAUCUGACGCCUUAAGUCCAUGGGAAAGUAUAGGAUCUCAUGGGGGAAGGAAUUUUGUGCUGAGCAAGAAGCAGAGGGCAGUGCAGAAUGUUGCAGAGAGAAAGCCAGAGAUGACAGCUCCAAAGGGAUCAGUUAGUAGCUGGAAGGCAUGGCUCAACAAAUCAUUUCCUUUCAAGAUAUCAUCUCACUGAGGCUACUGAAUCUUCUCAUACCAUAAUCUGAUGUUUCAAUCAAGUCUCUCAGACGAUUGAAAUUAUUAAAGGUUUUAUGUUAUAUUCUCUGCUGCCAACCGU